GGUUGUCAGAAACGGGCGGAGGACGGUGGAAGCGGUUGCAGUGACGCUGGGAGCACCGGGGAAGCCGGCUGAGUGCAAGGAGGACCCGGAGGAUGUGAUGGAGCAGGACAAGCCUCAGCGUUAAUAAGGCAGCCGAGCCGUGUCGCAAGUUAAGAAAAUGAACUGCGUGCUGGAAGGAAAAGGGCCGAGCGAGAGGAAGAUGCUGCUGCUGAUGCGGGUCGUGCGGCUCUUAGCGCUCUGUGCCGUGGCGCUUGGCUGCCCCACCAUCGUCUCCCGCUCCCAGUGGGAGGCCCGGGUCCCAAGAAACAGGGACCCGCUGGGGACCCCAGUGCCCUACGUCAUCAUCCACCACACGGCAGGGAACCAUUGCACCUCACAGGUCUCCUGCAGCCGGGAAGUCAGGGGCAUCCAGAGCUACCACAUGGACAAGAACGGCUGGUCUGACAUCGGCUACAACUUCCUGAUCGGCGAAGAUGACAGAGUCUACGAGGGCAGAGGUUGGAGCACCAUGGGGGCCCAUGCCAAGAACUGGAACAAUAAGUCACUGGGAAUCAGCUUCCUGGGCAGCUUCUCCAAAACAGCCCCUGACAACACCACCCUGACGGUUGCCAAGAGCCUGAUCCAAUGUGCUGUCUCCAGGGGCUUCCUGAGUGAAAGCUACACCCUGAAGGGGCAUCGCGACGUGACGUCAACCCAAUGCCCCGGGGACGCCCUCUACGAGGCCAUAAGCCAGUGGCCUGAGUUUGAAGCCUGA